AAUUAUGAUCAUGGAAACGGAGCAAAACGCAGUCGACGCGCUAUUCGACUCCGAUCCCGAAGUGAUAACAUCGUCAGUGAGGAUGAUAAAGAACAGCAUUAUUGGAAGUAGAUCUAGAAAGUGCAGCUACAUGUCUAUGGGAGUUAUUCCAAGGCUCGUGCACCUGAUUGGUCAGAAUGAAGUCUCUUCGAGGCUUGUUAGAGAAGCGGUUGUUGCUUUGGGCAGCUUUGCCCAUGGAACUCCUGACACCUUGCAAGCGGUGAUUGACUCUCAUGCUAUUCCUUUAUUGUUACGAGGUUUAUUUGUCUUCGAGAAGUCUGUAGUAGAGGCUUGCAUGAAGACGCUCAAGAUUAUAUAUCAGUCGGACAAGGCACCUGGAGAGCUUGUAUAUGAGGAUCCUAGUGUCCUUCCUCGGUUGGUGCAGCUCUUAUCAGAAUGUGGAACGUUUGCUGAGUGCGCUGCAAUCAUCAUGACAAAAAGUUGUGUGACAAACUAUCACCAGAUCACUCUCUGUGCUCAAGACAUCGUUUCUGCUAUUUCACCACUGCUCACUAAAUCACGCCAACGUUGCCAGGUGGCUGCUGUCAUGUGUCUGUCUGCUGUUGUGUAUCAGAAUCAAGAAACUGCGUUGGCUGUUGCACAGGCUCACUUUAACGGUGAUUCAAUCCCUAUUCUCAUAAAAAAGUUGCUAACGUGUGAUCAGAGAGCAGACCUGCAGCUUUGGGCAUCCAAAUGUUUGUGUUAUUUGUUUCGAGCACAAGCCAUUCCAGAUCAUGAAUCGACCAUCUGUGUAAAGGUGGUUCCUACUCUUGUUCGACUGAGUAAAUCUAAUCAUCCAGUUGUGUUACAAGCUGAUGCUAUCGAGACAUUAGCAUUUGUAAUUCACGAUUCACCCAAGCUGCAGGAACUUGCUUCUAUAACUGAUAGAUUGAUAUUUACGUUAGCUGAGUAUCUGCACAGGGUAGAUCUGCCAGAGCUGCAGUAUGUCAAACUCAGACGGAGUUGUUUUUUGGCUUUAGCAGCGUUAACACAGUCAUUGGAAGACAUCAGGCAGAAGGUUAUUGGCUUGUGUGGUAUACCAGAGCAUCUAGUGUCAGGCUUAGAACAUGUAGACGACACAGUCAAAGAUGCAUCGCUGAGAUGUUUCUUGAGCUUAAGUCGGUCGGUGAGACAGCUCAGAUCAAGUUUGAAGGACGAAAACUUAUGGAAACUGUUACUCAAGUUGCUUGCAAUUUCAAACAGCGAGUUGCUUUGUCAGUCUUCUGCCGUCGUCUCGAACAUAAUUCUUGAUUUCUCACCAGCUAAAGAGUUGCUUGUGCAAGAACGUGUGUUGUCUCGCCUGAUCGAAUUGACGAGACACGAAGUUACUGCAAUUCGAGUUAAUGCGGUGUGGAGCUUGAUGAAUGCGGCAUAUCAUGCAGAUUCCAAUUUGAAGAAUGAGUUGUUUGAUGGCUUGGGUGCUAGUCAGUUGUUUAGUUUAAUGCGUGACUCAUGUCCACUUAUUGUAGUCAAGUCGUUGUGUCUGCUAAGGAAUCUAACGACAGAUAAAUUGGAUGUUGAUUCGAUCAUGUCCAUUCAUGGUGAAGACAUCUUGCAUCAUAUUCGUGAAAUUAUAGAGGAAUCAAUCGGACUGGAUGUAACAGAACAAGCUCUGUGUGUGUUGGUAAACAUUGCGAGCAGCAAAGAAGGAAGGAACAUGAUGAUGAGGAAUGAGAAUCUCAUUAAGCACCUCAGUCAUUUCAUAAAUACAGAUAGUGUGCAGUUGCAGAGUGCUGCAGUGAUCUGCGUCUUAAAUCUGGCUCUAAGCAGUGAAGAAGGAGCAACUGAGCGGCAAGUAAAACUAGAAGAAUCGGGUGUGAAGUACGCAUUACAGAGAGCAAGUAAAACACAAGACACAUGCCUCAUGGACAGGGUAAAGGUGGCUCUAGAACAGUUUGAUGCAGCUUAGCAAGGUUGUAUGCUCGAUGCUGAGGAAAUGACUAUUUUAAUGUUGUAGGAGUUGCCAUGGUGAUUCAUGGCUAAUAUUGCUUUGACAGAAAGCUAAAGAACGUGAUUUGGCUGACGAAUUAAAGUAAAGUGUGCAAGUGUAAUCUACAGUUUUAACGUAGAGAUGCCAGUAUGAGACUAAAUUGAUUAUAGGUACAGUAGGACUGAUGUUGUGUGGCUGCGUGUGUGGGUGUUUGUAUGCAUGUAAGUAAGCCUGGAUACAUCAAAUAGGUGUUUGA